GGCGCCGUGCGCAGGCGCGGUGUGCCCGGGCUCCAGUGUGCGCGGCCGCCGUCCGCCGCCCGCCCGUCCGCCGCCCUGAGCCAUGGCGGGCUGCGCGGCGCGGGCUCCGCCGGGCUCCGAGGCGCGCCUCAGCCUCGCCACCUUCCUGCUGGGCGCCUCGGUGCUCGCGCUGCCGCUGCUCACGCGCGCCGGCCUGCAGGGCCGCACCGGGCUGGCGCUCUACGUGGCCGGGCUCAACGCGCUGCUGCUGCUGCUCUACCGGCCGCCGCGGUACCAGAUCGCCAUCCGGGCGUGUUUCCUCGGCUUCGUCUUCGGCUGCGGCGUGCUGUUGAGUUUUAGCCAGUCAUCUUGGAACCACUUUGGCUGGUACGUGUGCUCUCUGUCGCUCUUCCACUACUCGGAGUACUUGGUGACGGCCGUCAACAACCCCAAGAGCCUGUCCCUGGACUCCUUCCUUCUGAACCACAGUCUGGAGUACACGGUCGCAGCACUGUCGUCCUGGAUAGAGUUCACGCUGGAAAACAUCUUCUGGCCAGAGCUGAAGCAGAUGACCUGGGUCAGUGCCACGGGGCUGCUCAUGGUGGUCUUCGGUGAAUGUCUGAGGAAAGCGGCCAUGUUCACAGCCGGCUCCAACUUCAACCACGUGGUGCAGAACGAGAAGUCAGAUACCCACACCCUGGUGACGAGCGGGGUGUACGCCUGGUUCCGGCACCCCUCCUACGUCGGCUGGUUCUACUGGAGUAUAGGAACCCAGGUGAUGCUCUGUAACCCCAUCUGUGGCGUUGUCUACGCCCUGACUGUGUGGCGCUUCUUCCGCGACCGAACGGAGGAAGAGGAGAUCUCCCUCAUCCACUUUUUCGGCGAGGACUACCUGGAGUACAAGAGGAGGGUGCCCACCGGGCUGCCCUUCAUACAGGGCGUCAAGGUGGAGCUAUGACGGGGGGCCACCGCCCUGGCCUCCGGCUACUCUCCUGGGACAUCCCCGGACCCAGAACGUCGGACCCACUGGAGCCACCCGUGCGGCACUAAGUCCGGCUAGGGCGUCGCUGCCAGGGGAACCGAGCACACCUCAGCGAUAUGCAGCAGCACCCCGCCAGGGUUGAGCCGUGUGGCCCCGCGGAUGCCUCGGGCAGGUGGGCUCCCCGCCAGGCCUCCCCAGCCCACAGCGGGUAGGUGUCACGGGUGGUUGGUGCACACAGGGUGCGUGGACCACCUUUCUUUCAGCCACAAACAGCACAGCUUUAAUCUCUCCGUCCUUAAGUGCAUGACCAGCCACACAGUUCUAAAGAAUUUCCUCAUCCACUGCUUUUGCUCUUCAUGUAUUUAAUCAUAUUUACAUAUCUAUUUUUUAUAAACAGCCAUGUGAAUUCCCAGGGGACUCACUUGGUGUCUCCAUCCCAGCCUCUGUUUGGAGCAAUAAGCAUCGACACCUCGGCGCUGCGGCCGGCUGUAGCAGGUGCCGUCAGUGUCCCCAGGCCGGUCUCCUGCCCCUCCUGGGCUUGGUGGCAGCCGGCUCAGGGCUGCAUCACUUGUCCUUUUCCUGGCACGUGCCCACCAUGUCCCUGCUCUCCACAGGACACUGGGAAGCACGACUCUCCAGCUUCUAUCUUUCUAAUUUAAUUUUUUUUUAAUUUUCUUAACCAUAACUUACAUAUUUUGUGUUUGGGUAUAAAGUCACUUAACGAUUGUU